AUGCUAGACACCGUUGGAUACCGCUCACGCGGUCGUAAACGCAAUCUGUCUCGCGUUGUCAACAUGUGGCCAGCGCCGUUGGCUGGCUUUAAUGACGCGAGAUCCGUCGGAGUCACGGCUAUACUCGCUGUUGCUCACUUCACACAGAUUCGAGACCUAGGAGUUAUUUACGAUUUUGACAGAUUCGUACAUGACCUUGCUGCCAGACCUCUACGACAGGCCGAUCAUGAAGCCCAUUUAGUCACCGCACAAGAGAGACUCGGAGGUGUAUCACUCGAAUGUCGACGAAACGUAGUCGAUUAUGGUCUGAUGUACGAGCUGCUCACCGAUGAAAUCGACUUAGAUUUGAAGGACAUAGUCGAAAUGUCGCCUUAUUAG